AUGUCAAUAUUGAUAAAACCUCCAGAUGCACUUACCAUUAGUGGUUCACACAGAUACAGUAGCCUAUGCGUUGUUUCGGGGAAUAUGCUUUUUGCAAACAGUUAUUUUGUUCGAGAAUUGACAAAGGACGAAGCUGAUGAGUUGGCUGAUUAUGAAGAAGCUAUAAAUGAAUAUAAUAAAAUGCUUCAUGAGCAUAUCACUGGAGCAACUAAGUCGCCAACAGAAUGGAUAUUCGGUGGCCGUUUUAUACUCCCUUUUGAACAACGAACAAUGCCUCGACGGCCAGCUGCACCAUCGUUUUGCACCGGACCCGAUACAGUUAUACAUCAGUUAGAUGGCUGCAUCGUCCAGAACUACAGAGUAUAUAUUGGACCAUUAUACGUCCGUCAGCUAAAUGACAAUGAAAAAGCGGAGCUUGACGAAUACGACAUUAAAGUUAAGGAGUACAAAGAGAAAGCCAUAGAAAACAUGAAACGACAGCUAGGAACCAUGAUAAGUGGCGUCUGGUACCCGUACGACAGAGGAAUUAUCCGCCAUCGCCAAAUUCUUCUCGGCGGUAUUCAAGAAGGAUCUGUCAACAGUAACAACUCUAGCACAGUCACUUCAAACGAAAAUAGCACUACCGAACCAAAUACCCCAUCCACGACAACGAUUACGCCACCGCCACAACCUCCACGUCCACCAAAACUAUGCACCCAAAUUUUCUAG